UCCCCCGUCUUUAUCGGUAGUGUUGUCCACCUGGUAUUCUGAACAGAACACAGACCUCUCCUCUCCCUCCGUAGAAUGUGACUCUUCUUUCUCCUGCCCGAGAAACUCAUUACUUCUAUCGGCUUCUCCACGACAUCCACGAAACCCCAACUCUGAGUUAUACGAUGUCUCUCUUCAUCCUUGCACUGUGCGUGUGCACGGCCACAAUGACCUAUGCCUCUACGGCUGAUGACUGGUGCUACACUGGCUGUGAUCACACGCCAACAAAGUGGCCCGAAUUGGCGGGGACCUACUGUGGGGGCCACAGGCAGUCCCCCAUCAACAUCGCCAGCAGCAGCGCAGUCACCGACCCAGAGCUCCACGACUUCACCUUCACCAACUUCACCGCCCAACACGCUCUGGACGUGCUGGUCAACAACGGGCACACAGUGAAGGGCAAGGUGGUGCCGGGGCAUCUGGAGGUCAGCGGCGGGGGGUUGAACCACACCUAUGAGGUUAUGCAGUUCCAUCUCCACUGGGGUGACACCGAGCUCCACCCCGGCUCCGAACACAUGCUGAACUACCGUCGCUACCCCAUGGAGAUGCACAUUGUGUGCCAGAAGAAAGGUCUGAACCAAAGCCAGGCCCUGAUGGACCCCACAGGCUUCACCGUGCUCGCCUUCUUCAUUAGCGCCACAGAAGAGGGCCCGCAGAAACCUUGGCAAGAUCUCACAUCCUACCUGGGAAACAUCACCUCUGCAGAUUCCGAGGUGAACGUCAGCCACAGCCUCUCCAUCAGCGACCUACUUGGCGAGGUGAACCGCACCAAGUUCUACCGCUACAUGGGUUCCCUGACCACCCCCGGCUGUCAUGAGGCAGUGAUCUGGACCGUCUUCCAGGAGCCCAUCCUGGUGCACACUGACCUGAUCAAACUCUUUCCGUCAAAGGCUCACCUGAGCAACCUCUACAGGCCGAUCCAGGAGCUUCAUGGACGCCACGUCUAUGCCUCUCCGGCCGCCACUUUGGUCGGACAAGAACACGCGUGGUGCUACGACAGUCACUGUCACUUCAGCCCAGACCUCUGGAGCACUCUGCCAGAGGCCUUUUGUGGAGGUAAGCAGCAGUCCCCGGUGGACAUCGAUUCCAAAGAGGUUAAGGAGAACUCAUCGCUGGAAGACUUCACCUUCACACACUUUGACGACAAGAAGGCCUUGAAAUACGUGACCAACACCGGCCACACAGUGAAGUUUGUGCUGAACGAUGGAGUGGAGUUGUCCAGGGGGGGUCUCGGUCACGUCUACUCCGCCCUGCAGUUCCACUUCCACUGGGGGGAUGAGUCGGACCACCCCAAGGGCUCCGAGCACAUGGUCAACUCUGUCAGGUAUCCCAUGGAGAUGCACAUUGUGCACAAGAGGAAGGAUCUGAGCAUUGAGGAAGCAAAGACCACCAAGGACGGACUGGCCGUAUUGGGGUUCUUCAUCGAGGCCACAGAUGGAGGCAAGGGGAAAAAUGCUGGGGCAGAAAGUGACCAUGCCUCAGGCACCUCAUCCCCUACCAACUACUGGACCAAGCUAACCUCUUACCUGCCGGCCGUAGGGAUCGUCGGCAGUAACACGAGUGUCACCGAGGACAUGUCUCUGGACGACCUGCUGGGGGACGUCGACCGCUCCUCCUUCUACCGCUACAUGGGCUCGCUGACCACGCCCACCUGCAACGAGGCCGUGGUCUGGACCGUCUUCAAACAGCCAAUCAAGAUCGACAAGAAGCUGGUCGGUCUGUGUGCGUGUGCGUGUGUGUGUGUGUGUGUGUGUGUGUGUGUGUGUUUUAUAGCACACCGUAUAGAUUCAACGCCACUUCACACACACCACUACGUUUGAGUGUCAAAAAAACCU